UGAAUGUUCAAUGUUCCAAGACAGGCUCGCACCAGCUCCAAGGCUGAGAGCCAGAGGCCGCAAGAACAAGCUCCCGGGCUCAAGGCGUGAUCGGCGCUGUGCAUCCGGGACCGCUGAAGCUGAUUGGGUAGGCCCGGCAACCGGUUCAUCAAACUAAUUUUGUCGACUUGCUCGAUAGCAUACCAGUGGUGCGCCUCAACCCCGCUUAGAUUUGUGACCCAAGGACCUAAGUAUAUCUGCCGUCAUGUCGACACUACAGGCGCAGCCUCGCGCUGGAGAUAGCGCAGGACAGGCAGGCAGGUACUCCACAUCUCACAUGGAAUCGUCGGUGACGCGCCUGCUCGUGGCUACCAAGAUGUUACUCGAGGCGCUCACGAAAUGGUCGAUGGGGCAGCGUACAGAGGAACAAGUAUCGGAUGUCUAUGUGCGACUGGGAAACGACUUCAAUACCGCCAAGCUCGCAUUCGGGAGCUAUGGAAUUGACAUGCGGGACCUCGAGUCAGUUCCGGACGACUUGCGCGCGUGUCUAGAAGCAUGCUUAUCGGAAGAAGCCUCGCAGAGUGUGUUGGAAAAACACUUACCUCGGGUCAGAGAGAUUAUAAUUGCAUUGCUGCAGGGCCUCAAACUGAAGCAGGCCCAAUAUAAGCAAUAUCUGAUGCGCAAUCGCACCUCUUUUCAAGAAACUCCCGCUGCACCGGUCACAUUCACCCCAGUGCCCGGUCCUCCUCCAAUGGCGGCAGCACAGCGAAUACCAGACUCAUCACGGGAUUCGAACACGCCCAAAGACAGCGUGCUCAUGCGCGGUGGCAGUACAAGUCAGAUUUCGCAAAAGCGUGGAGACAGCUUGCGCAUUCAGCGACAAGGCGGAAGCGAAGGCUCUCCUACAGUUCCGCAGUACCCUUUAAUGGAAGAUCGACCACCAUUACCUUCUGCGAGGGAUUCGCUUCAUCGUGGGUCUCCGAGCGCCUUGUCGCCUUCAUCAUCGGCCUCGAGGCGGCCGAUGCACGCUCCACCGAUCGACACAGGCGCUCGUGCGUCUCAAUUGAUCAGAGGGCAUCUACGGCGCCCGAGCAUUGACUCAUUGCGAGGAACAGCCCUGGAGGCGCAGCCAGAUGAGAAGCGAUUCUCGCCGACAGUGCCCAUUUCAGAGCUGGAGGAAACCGUCACUUCCCCGCCACCUCACAAAGGGACACCUCAUUUAGGGUAUCGAUUGACUGAUACACCGCUAUCUACAUCCUCAGGCGGUGUGUCUGAUACGGAUGUAUCUCCGUCAGUGGCGGCCCGCUCAAGGCAUGCUCCAUCCAGUUCGGUACCGGUCGUACCACAGCCGCCGGUGGCCAGCGGUCACGCUCGUGCAGGAAGCAGCGCGUCGACUCUGCAGACACCGACGAGCGAUGGAUUUGCUUCCCGCUCUCCGCUUCCGACCAUCGAAGCGACAUCGCCGCUGUCGAUGGACUCUAUCGAUUCGGCAGCGGAUCCCUCGCUGCGGGCGCUCAAGUCUCGCGAUGUGCUUGAACGACGUGCAUCGAAACGCUUCAGCGCUUACACUUUCAAUAAGAUGGGUCUUGGCCAAGGCUUUGGCUCCAGCUUUGGCUCUGGCAACUUGGGGAUGAGCAUGCUGAACCUUGGCGCAACGCCGAGCGGCGCCAGUGGCUCCGCUGCGCCGGCGGAUCGUCGCGUCGUGCAGAGCGAGCGCAAGACGAACACUUCGAAGCGUCCGAGCAGGUUGAAUGUCGUCAACAACAAUGCCGACAUUCCCACUGGUCCACAGUCUGGGGAUACAAUCACCAGCGGGCCGCCUUCGGCUUCUGGCUUGCCAUCCCGAGGCAUCAAAUCAGCCAAGCGCGUUUCUUCUACCUCUUCCACGGCGUCCUCUGCCAAUCGCAGUCCCAUGCUGCCUUCUCUUUCUUUACCACAGUCGACAGAGCGCACGUCCCCCUCGGGUAGCUCGCGCGGCCGCUUGUCACCGGCGGCAGAGAGUUCGACCGAGUCUUUGCCUUUCGUCGAUGCAGCACAUGUCCUCUCGCCGACGGAGGAUGAAGUAAAGUUCGACAUCCCCCCAGUACCUCCACUUCCUACUCCAGCGGAACGCGCUCGACUCGAUGCGAUUCAGAACCGCGCCAGUCAGUCGCCUUCGCACGUGUCGCAAAGCGCCAAUACCAGCAUCACUGUAACAUCCCCACAACCCGUUUCGGCUGAGACGCCAACGCAGGCUAACUACCAUGCCAGCGCUCUUUUACCGCAAGGGCAGCUCAAUCUAUUCCUUCAGUUGGGGCGUCAUACUCGCAAGGCUGUCAUCGAUUACGAUCCAGACCUGCCAGCUGGAGGCAUCACCAUCGCAACUUUGCGCAUGCUCUUCGUCAACCGUUUUGCUUAUUCCCCCGGCCAGGAUGACUUCCCCGCCAUCUACAUCAAAGAUCCGCGGAGUGGGCUUUCUUUCGAAUUGGAGGAUCUCGAGGACAUCCAGAGUGAUACAUUGCUCACCCUCAACAUCGAGCCUCUUGAUCAAGUCAAACAACAUCUCGAUCUUUCGAUUAGUGGGUUGACGCGCGAGCUGCGCGAGCUAAAGGCUGCUGUGAUGGAGCGCGAUGUGCGACGCAUGUCGAUUCAACAGGACUCCUACGCGCAUGUCGCCGAGAGCGUCCAACGCUCAGCUUCCCAGAACGUCGGCAAGAUCUCCGACUCAGAGUUCGCGGCGGCUGGCCAGCGCGUGGCGCAGAUGGCGCGUGCAGCCAGCGGGAAGAGCCCCGUGGGCGGUGGGUCGCCUAACUCCACGGGGGCGCGCGCAGCAGACGAGCUGCGCGUGCAGUACGAUGAGCUACAGAAACUGCGUCGCGAGCUUGCCAUUAUGCGUCAGGUGCAGGGUGAGUUCUCGACCGAUGUCACUUCGCUCUUCAAGGAACUGCGAGAGCGCAACAAGCGCGUGCGCAAAAUCGCCACUGCAGAUGCACCGGUCGAACGUAAUUUCAUUAUUGCCGGAAAGGCGCAGCUUGAUUCGAGCUCGCAAGAGGUGCUCACUUUGGUGGAGGAUCUUCAAGACACUGUCGACGACCUCAAGCACGAUGUCAUCCAGCGUGGUGUCAAGCCGAAGCCAGCAAUGCUGAAGAAGAUCGUUGGUGAUAUCGAGAAAGCGACCAAAGGCCUGGAGGAAGUGGAGAAGUAUGUGCAGAAUGUCAAGCCGAGCUGGAAGAAGACCUGGGAGUCGGAGCUGCAGAGCAUCGUGGAGGAGCAGGAAUUCCUCAACCACCAAGAGUCGCUCAUUGCCGAUCUACGUGACGACCACGCGGCACUGCAGGAUGUGUUCAACGACAUCCAGCAAGUGGUCAAGCUGCGCGGAACGAGCUCGCGUGGAUACAUUCCGCCCGCGCCAGAGGAGGGGCACCAGGGCCUGAAUACGGUGAUGCUCGAAGUGCGCGGGCAGAGCGUGGACCACGAGAAGCGCCUGCGCGCGCUGCAGGCUGCGGAGAAGCAGCGGCAACGCGAGCUGGCCGGGCGCACGGACGAGUUUGCCGACGAGCUCGCGGGAUUCGUCGAUGGAAAGGCGUUACGCAAGACGGGAGGGCACCUCGAGGCGGAGCGCAUACGGCAGCGCAGGGACAAGGCGACGCUCAACGCCAUGUUUGGGAAUGGUGAUGACAUGGGAGGUGCGCCGACCGCGCCGGCGGGGCCCGGCCUCAAGCCGGCCAAGUUCAUCCUGGGGCAGGGCCAGAAGGAGGAGGUGAGGGAUGGUGGCAAGUCUGCGUCACCGACUCUUCCGCUGCCGCUGGCUGACUGAAGUGAGGAGAUACGCGUGUAUGGCAGUAUCACUAUUGGGACAUGCGGAUGCACAGAAUUGAGCUGCGCGCUCGCUUCAGGUGCGCGCCAAGUUCAGGUGACGACGGGUAUGUGUGUGUCCAUGUGUGAGCGGGUGGAUGUUGGGUCUAUUAUGCUACAAGAUGCGCGUGUGUGCGCGGGCAUGGAUGUACAAAGUGGGCAGCCAGGCAGGUUGCAAGUGGAGAAAG